CCAAAGAAAGGUACCAGUGUUCAGCAUGAGCAGGAGAGUCUAACUCAUGUAUUCCAGGUGAUUGAGACAAAGAUCAUCACAUUUGUGAAGAGUGAGCUGCAAAGAUUUAAGAUGAUUCUUAGUCCGGAUUACCAAGAAAACUUAAAGAGAAAAGAUGAGGAUGAGACUGAUGCCAGAGAAGGUGCUCUCAAGAUGGCACUACACUUCCUAUUGGAGAUGGAGAGGACAGAUCUUGCUGAUAAACUGAAAGACCAUGAGCUGUAUGUACGUUGUCGGGCUGAAUUUAAAUUACAUCUCAAGAACAAGUACCAGAAUGUGUUUGAAGGAAUACCCAUGCAAGGAAACUCUGCCCUGCUCGACAAGAUCUACACAGAGAUCUACAUCACAGAGGGAGGAAGUGGGAAAGUAAAUGAGGAGCAUGAAGUCAGGCAGAUUGAGUCCAUAUCCAAAAUACCUGCUGGAGAGGAAAAACAAAUCAGAUGCAGUGACAUCUUCAAGCUCUUACCUGGUCAAGACAAGCCAAGUAGAAGUGUGAUGACAAAGGGGGUAGCUGGCAUUGGUAAAACCAUCUCCAUUCAGAAGUACAUCCUGGACUGGGCUGAGGGAAAAGACAACAGAGAGAUCCACUUCAUUUUCCCAUUGCCAUUUCGGGAGCUCAACCUCAUGAGAGGCACACAGAUCUCUUUGAUUGGUCUCCUUCACCACUUCUUCCCAGAGUUGAAGCAGUUAACCUUUGACAGUCAAGAGAAGUAUAAACUACUGUUCAUCUUUGACGGUCUGGAUGAAUGUCGACUUAAACUUAACUUUCAGGAGAAUGAAAGUUGGACUGAUGUAACAGGUGUCACUUCUUUGGAUGUACUCCUGACAAAUCUCAUAAAGGGAAAUCUGCUUCCCUCUGCUCUACUUUGGAUCACCUCCCGACCAGCAGCAGCCAGCCAGAUUCCACCCGAUUGUGUUGACCUUGUCACAGAGAUCCAGGGGUUCAAUGACAUACAGAAGGAGGAGUACUUCAGGAACAGGUUCAAUGAUGAGAAUGUUGCUGAGAGAAUAAUGUCCCACAUUAAAUCAUCAAGAAGUCUCCACAUCAUGUGCCACAUACCAGUGUUUUGCUGGAUAACUGCUUACGUUCUUGAGGUGAUUUUUGGCUCUUCAGGAAGACAACAGCUUCCAAAAACAUUGACGGAGAUGUACACAUAUUUCCUGAUUUUCCAUACAAAACAGGCCAGCCAGAAGUUUGACAAUGUGCAUGAACUUGACCCACAAUGGAACAAGAAUCUUAUCCUUUCACUAGGAAAGCUAGCCUACAAGCAGUUGGAGAAGGGAAAUCUGAUUUUCUAUGAAGAGGACCUGGAAGAAUGUGGAAUUGAUGUCAGAGAAGCUGCAGUGUGCUCUGGUGUCUGCACCCAGAUCUUCCGACAGGAAUCUGGAUUGUUUCAAGCAACAGUGUUCUGCUUUAUCCACCUCAGUGUCCAGGAGUAUCUUGCAGCUCUGUUUGUGUUUCUGAAGAUGGCAAAUGAAAGGCAAAAUGUGAUCUCCGCACACAAACGCGAACAAACCAUGUCCACCUUACACAAAAUUGCUGUGGACAAAGCUCUGGAGUAUAAAGAUGGACGCUUUGACCUCUUUCUCCGGUUUCUUCUUGGUCUUUCUCUGGAGUCCAACCAGACUCUCCUGCAUGGCCUUCUGUGGAGAGGAGAGAAACAUAUUGGCAAUGCUGAAACAAUCAGUUACAUUAAGGGCAAGAUCAGGAAAAUACCUUCAUCAGAGAGAGUGAUCAACCUCUUCCACUGCUUGAAUGAACUGAAAGACCACUCCUUGGUGGAGGAGAUCCAGAGCUUCCUGAGUAAAGGAACACUUUCUAAAGACAAGCUCUCACCUGGCCAGUGGGCAGCUCUAGUGUUUGUGCUGCUGACAUCAGACCAGAAGCUUGAUGUGUUUGACCUGAAGAAGUAUGUGAGGUCGGAUGAAGGUCUCCGGAGGCUGAAGCCAGUAGUGGAGGAAUCCGAAGCACUUCUGCUUGAUAGCUGUGGGCUCAGUGAUAUGAGCUGUACAACAAUGGCAUCUGUCCUCUGUAAAGCAUCAAAAGUGAAGAAACUGGAUCUUAGCCACAACAGGAUUGGGAACAGUGGAGUCAAACAACUUUGUAGUGGGCUAAAGAACUCAAACUGUACAUUGGAGUCACUCCGGCUUGAUAGCUGUGGGCUCAGUGAAAUGAGCUGUACAACAAUGGCAUCUGUCCUCUGCAAAGCAUCUUCAAAAGUGAAGACACUGGAUCUCAGCCACAACUGUAUUGGAGAUAUUGGAGUCAAAGAACUUUGUAGUGGGCUGAAGAACUCUAACUGUGCAUUGGAGUCACUCCGGCUGGAGGACUGUGGUGUAACGGGAGUAGGAUAUGCUGCUCUCACCUCAGCUCUCAAAUCAAACCCUUCACAUCUGGAGGAACUGGACCUGAGAGGAAACGACCCUGGAGACUCUGGGGUAAAGCUGCUUUUGAUAUUACAGCAGGAUCCGGCCUGUAAACUUCAGACACUGAGGUUGUUGAAGAGUGAUGCUGCUGAACAGGCCUGUGCCUAUCUGACUUCAAUUCUACAUGAAAACCCUUUACUGCUGACAGAGCUGGAUCUGAGUGGGAAGAUACCAGGAGACUCCGGAGUGAAGCAGCUCUGCGCUCUACUGGAGGACUCACACUGCAGAAUCAAGACACUCAAGCUUGACUCCUGCAGUAUAACAGAAGAGGGCUGUGCUGCUCUGACUUCAUCUCUGGCAUCGAACCCCUCACACCUGGGAGAUCUGAAUCUGAGUUGCAAUAAAAUAGGAGACUCUGGGGUGCAGCAGAUAUCUACUCUACUCUUGAAUCCAGACUUUAAACCAUGGAGACUGUGGCUGGAGUCCUGCAGUGUAACAGAAGAGGGCUGUGCUGCUCUGAGUUCAGCGCUGAUUUCAAACCCCUCACACCUGACACGUCUGAAUCUGGAUAAGAAUAAACUAGGAGACUCUGGAGUGAAGACGAUAUCUACUCUACUCAGGAAUCCAGACUUUAAACUACAGUUGAUGUGGCUUGAGGACUGCAGUUUAACAGAAGAGGGCUGUGCUGCUCUGACUUCAGCGCUGAUUUCAAACCCCUCACACCUGACAGAACUGUCUCUGAGUAAUAAUAAACUUGAAGACUCGGAUGUGAAGCAGAUCUCUACUCUACUCAGGAAUCCAGACUGUAAGCUACAGACACUGGCGCUUGAGUCCUGCAGUAUAACAGAAGAGGGAUGUGCUGCUCUGACUUCAGCGCUGAUUUCAAACCCCUCACACCUGACAGUUCUGGGGCUGAGUAAUAAUAAACUUGGAGACUCGGGUGUGAAGCAAAUUUCUGCUCUACUCAGGAAUCCAGACUGUAAACUACAAACACUGGCGUAA